UAAAGACAAACACAUUUGGAAGCAAUGAAGGGGGCUAGGAUUGAUGGCUUGAAAGAAAUGGUUGCAAUGGUGGUGGUGCAAAGUAUAUCUGCAAGCAUGACCAUCUUUGCCAAAGAAGUAUUCACAGAGGGGAUGAGCAUCAUAGUCUUCAUUGUUUACAGACAAGCUAUAGCUUCACUUUUCUUGAUAUCUACAUCAAUCAUAGUCAACAGAGGAAAGAUUGAUCACUUGGCUUUGGGGUUCAAAGGAUUUCUAUUGGUGUUUCUUACUUCCUUUAUUGGUCCCACCAUGACUGAGUACUUGAGCUACAAUGGUUUGGCUUUAUCAUCUUCUUCUGUGUCUGCUGCAAUGUCAAAUACCCUCCCAGCUGCAACUUUUGUCAUGGCUCUUGUUUUUGGAGUUGAGAAACUGAAACCAAAAAGCUUGAGAACUUUUGCCAAGAUCUUUGGAACUCUAAUCUGUGUAGCAGGAGCUGUUUGCAUGGCUUUGUACAAGGGCCUCAAGCUUCAUAGCUUUGAAUUAUUAGAAGAAAACUGGAUCAAGGGGUUCCUGUUUCUCACUGGAAGCAUUUGCUGUUGGUCUCUUUGGUUAAUCCUGCAGGAACCAAUUUGUAAGCAUUAUCUUGACCCAUUAUCACUAGCAACCUGGAUGGCUUUCUUAUCAGCCAUAUUAUCAUUUAUCCUGGCACUAAUCACAGAAACAAAUUCAAAUGCUUGGAAGAUCCAAUCUGUUUUUCAAUUCCUGUCUUGCUUAUUUGUGGGAAUAUUUGGAUCCGGUGUGCUAUUUUUUCUUGUAUCUUGGGUAAUUGCAUCAAGAGGACCUGUUUUUUCUGCAAUAUUUACUCCACUCAACCUUGUGAUCACUGCAAUCUUCGGUCCGUUGCUGCUUCAUGAAAAUCUAUAUUUCGGAAGCUUGCUUGGUGCUGCUGCUGUCAUUGUUGGAUUGUACAUGGUUCUGUGGGGAAAAGCAGAGGAUUAUGAAAGCAAAGCUAAGGUAGAUCAUAAAGAUGAUUCAACAGAACAAGAUAGUGUCCAAAGUGUUUUGCAUGAAUCUCUGCUGAUUGGAGGAGACCAUGAUAUUGAAGGACAUCCACAGAAUAACUAAGCUAAUGUCAUUAUUUGAGAAUAUAUUGAACUUUUUAUUGGUUGAAUUGAUGAAUAUAAUUCAGGGAAUUUCUGGAUCUAUUGCUGCAUAUUAUCUCCAAGCAUGGAAAAUUGCAAGAAGAGGCCAUUUUUUUUUUUCUGGUCUUUAAUCCUCUUGCCACUGUCAUUACUACCACCUUCAUCUUGUGGAUACUUUGCGAAAAUGUUUACAUUGUAUCGUGCUAGUUCUCUAUAUUUAUUUGAAGUGGAUUCUGGGACAUGGAUUUAUAGUUGAAUUUUGGUGUGA